AUGGGCUUGCUCAGUUAUGGACUAUAUGUAGAUUUAGCAAUUGCCCAUGUUAAUCCUAUCCCUGAAUUGAUGGGCACCGCGAGGCACGUGUCGGCCAUAGGCUGGAAGCCAUAUAUUCUGGCCGCGUAUGCCGUUUACGAUCAGAUCUAUCGGGCGUUAAAUGUGGUGCAAAAGUGGCUACCGUAUGUACCUCUAGUAUCGUUAGUACCGUUUGUACCUCUAGUACCGUUAUUACCGUUUAUAUCGCAACACCAGUACCAGUACCAGUACCGAGGUACUGGCACCGGUACUAGGAAGUGCCAGUACCGUAUCGCGAUAAGUGAUCGGAUUGUGGGAGGAAUGGACGCCUCCAUAGACCAGAUACCAUGGAUGGCAUCGAUUUAUGUCAAUAAUAGGGGACAUUGCGGGGCGACUAUCAUCGAUGAGCGAUGGAUAUUAACGGCCGCUCAUUGUCUACACCCAAAUGUGAAUAAAAACGAUAUAAUAGUGAGAAUUGGUUCAAAUAAUAAGCUCAGUGUCAGACCAUUGGGGGUAAAGGAGGCGCACAUUCACCCAAAUAUAAAAUACGAUAUAUCAUACGCUAAUCGAGUUUGUCUACCGAUUAACGCCGCACUCAGUGACAGACAUCCGAUGCUAACCAUGUUUAGCGGUUGGGGACAGAUAAGUACCGAUGGUAGACAGCCGACGAAUACCCUGAUGAAAACAGAUUAUUACACAAUUCCUAAUCAUUUAUGUAAAUACAAGAGCGAGUAUUUUAUAUGCGUUAAUGGGAGUCAAAGUAUGGGAUGUUCCGGGGAUUCAGGCAGUCCUCUCGUGGUAUACCAGGGAUGUAAUGCUGUGCUAAUGGGUGUCUAUUCAUACGGCGAGAGCUAUACUGGCCAUACAUGUGGUCCUAAACUUAUGAUUUUUGUUAGGGUAGCCAAACAUAUGCCAUGGAUUCAGCAAUUGAUUGGUAAUAAACAGCAGUCGUUGGGAAGUGGGGGCACAGAAUAA